AUCUCGUCACGGUACCUCUGUGCAUCAAAAUUGCAAUCGAUAAAAUGCCAUUGCUUAAGCUUAAGCCUGUCCAUACCUUAACCCCACCUUCACCAUGGUGCACUUUGUUAACAACAUCCACAAACCCCUCACCCACACGACGCCAUACACAUGGUCUGCAGUUGUGAGGCCGGUUGGACAUACUGACAAAUUCUCUAAAACGAUGUUGGAGGCGACUUAUGGUAGAAAAAUUAACUUUCAAUUAUCUGGCAACAUCUCUGGUGGACAUUCUCGCAGUCAGCAUGCCAAUUGCACACUCCCUCAAAACAUGAGACAUUUGUGGCAUGUUUUGUGUGACAAAACAGCACAUUUUAGAGUGGCCUUUUAUUUUCCCCAGCACAAGGUGCACUAGUGUAUUGAUCAUGUUGUUUAAUCAGCUUAUUGAUAUGCCAUACCUGUCGGGUGGAUGGAUUAUCUUGGCAAAGGAGAAACCCCUCCUCUGUUCACUAACAGAGUUUUAAACAAAUGUGUGCACAACAUUUUAGAAACUUUUUGUGCUUAUGGAACAUUUCUGGGAUCUUUUAUUUCAGCUCAUGAAACAUGGGACCAACACUUUACAUGUUGCAUAUAUAUUUGUAUCCGAAUAGAUAGACCGUGACUGGCCUCACACUCCAGUACAAUAGGUGGCGGUGUAUAGAGUUAGAAGUUGGAUGCGAUCCGUCAACCAAAUCCCGAAGAAGAUGACGACGAAGAAAAAGAAGAAGCAGCUGUUUAUCCUCAGUCAGCACGAUUCAUAUUUACCUCAAUAGUCAGCACACGAUUUACGUGGUUUUCAGCUUGAAAUGGCAAUGAGUCAAUUUCCCUUCUGCGUAAUAGCCUAGAAACGCUAAAGAUUCGGUGUUGCACGUCUGGACCAAAGGCUCCGGUUGUUUUCGUCGCUGUUCUGGUGCUUUACGGUGCAGAAGGAUAUGGUUUUCUCAUCGUCCCAGCAAGUGGUGGUCGCAUUUACGGCGGUGUUGUUUGCGUUUGUGGUGUUCCCUAGAAUGUUCGGCGUAGGAUCCGGAGCGAAGGAAACAAGAGGUUUUGAUGCACGCUACAACAGAAAAGCGGGUCCGGGACCAGGACCAGGUGCAGUGAGAGGGCAGCCGGUCAACAAGAACACUGCUGGCUCCAUGAGCAAAGCACAGACCCUGGAGAACAUGCAGCAGAUGAAGGUGAUGAUGGAGCAGGAGAUGAAGAGUGACAAAUACAAAACCAACAGCAACAAGGGCUACGUGUUCACGCUGAUGCCGCUCUACGCCAUCGGAGUCGGCCUCUUUGCAGCGUACAAAUUUCUGAAGAUCAAGUCUGCAGAUGACUCCCAAGCCCAAAAGAACAAGGAUGCCAAAGGUCCCAAGAAGUCUGAGGAGACAGAGAAUCAGCUUACAGAGCUGGAGCAGCGGCUAGCACAAACAGAGAAGAUGCUCAACUCCAUUCUGACCCAACUGGACCCAUUGACAAGUUGUGUCAAGUCUGUGGCCCAGGAACAGAAGAACGAGAUCAUGUCCCAACUCCAGUCCAUCCGCCACCUGAUGAAGAAGAGAGGCAUGGACUGUCCACCCCUUAACAUUGAAGAGCCGCAGUGCGAGAGGAACCUGGAUGACCUCAUCGAGUCUCUGGCAGCCCACGGCGACACCUCGCCAGAGGUGGUUGCUCCUGCUGAAGACGAUCAAAGUGGUGUGGAGAAAGAGGAGGAGCCAGUCCACCAGCAGCACCACCCUGAAUCCAAGGAUGAGCACUCAGUGACCGACGCUCAGGAGGAGGACAUGCCCUCCUUGGAGGAUUCUUGUGAGACAAACAUUGAGGACAUAGGCCUAGCCCAGAACAUUCCAGAAGAAAUGCCUACAACUGGGCUCAGACGCCGCAACAGGCUGGAAUGAACAGAAAAAAGGUUGUACAUGAACUGUACAUGAAUAAAGCCAUACAUGUAAUUCCUCAUUCUUAAUGGCACUACUGCAGUCUGUUCAGUAAUGCUCUUGUUUUGGCUCGUAGUUGAAUAAGAAAGGGCAGCUAUCAAUGUGAAAGAAUUUUGUCCAAGGUUGUGUGUGAUGAAGGUGAUUUUUCUGUUCCAUCCCUUAAAGCAUAGCAGAUCCCAGGCUAGGCCAAUGUGUAGGGUUAGGACUUACUCCUGACAAAUAAAAUCCCCAGAAGCCUAACUCCAUAUAAUUUGACUUAGGUCUGGAGGUUUUCCUUGUCAGGCCCCAAGUAUGAGGCCUGAGUUUUCCAUCCUUGAAUCAAACGUUAGUUCGUAUGUAAGGUACCUGUAAAUGUGUUCAUCACGUGAUGCUGCUUGGAAACCCUGUACAUCAUUAUAUGCUGCCAUCUUUUAGAAGCAAUCAUUUCGGCCCAAACUAUCAAGACCUCAAAGUGUGUUAUGCAAUCUUGCAACUGCCAUCCGUAUGUCAUAGAAUAGUCAAAAUAAUAAAAAAUGUCAAACAUAGUUAACUAUAAAUAGCUACAUUUAGUUUUUCUACUACGUACUCGAGUCUACAAGUGCAAGCUUGUGACGUUUGGCUUGUGGUAUGAUUUGCUUGUUUUCAGACAUCGUAUGCAUGUGUUUUUCUCUGCAACUGAUCUUGAAUGUCCUGGUGGAUAAAACUGCAUGAGUUCUCUUACUAGAGGGAGAUGCAGGACAAUCAUGAAUGUAUUGAUGACGUAGUCUAAAUCAUGCCUCUCCAACCCUGUUCCUGGAGAGCUACUGUCCAGUGGGUUUCUCUAUAACCCUGUUCCUGGAGAGCUACUGUCCAGUGGGUUUCUCUAUAACCCUGUUCCUGGAGAGCUACUGUCCAGUGGGUUUCUCUAUAACCCUGUUCCUGGAGCUACUGUCCAGUGGGUUUCUCUAUAACCCUGUUCCUGGAGAGCUACUGUCCAGUGGGUUUCUCUAUAACCCUGUUCCUGGAGAGCUACUGUCCAGUGGGUUUCUCUAUAACCCUGUUCCUGGAGAGCUACUGUCCAGUGGGUUUCUCUAUAACCCUGUUCCUGGAGAGCUACUGUCCAGUGGGUUUCUCUAUAACCCUGUUCCCGGAGAGCUACUGUCCAGUGGGUUUCUCUAUAACCCUGUUCCCGGAGAGCUACUGUCCAGUGGGUUUCUCUAUAACCCUGUUCCCGGAGAGCUACUGUCCAGUGGGUUUCUCUAUAACCCUGACCCCGGAGAGCUACUGUCCAGUGGGUUUCUCUAUAACCCUGUUCCUGGAGAGCUACUGUCCAGUGGGUUUCUCUAUAACCCUGUUCCCGGAGAGCUACUGUCCAGUGGGUUUCUCUAUAACCCUGUUCCUGGAGAGCUACUGUCCAGUGGGUUUCUCUAUAACCCUGUUCCUGGAGAGCAAAGUGGGUUUCUCUAUAACCCUGUUCCUGGAGAGCAAAGUGGGUUUCUCUAUAACCCUGUUCCUGGAGAGCAAAGUGGGUUUCUCUAUAACCCUGUUCCUGGAGACCUACUGUCCAGUGGGUUUCUCUAUAACCCUGUUCCUGGAGAGCUACUGUCCAGUGGGUUUCUCUAUAACCCUGUUCCUGGAGAGCUACUGUCCAGUGGGUUUCUCUAUAACCCUGUUCCUGGAGAGCUACUGUCCAGUGGGUUUCUCUAUAACCCUGUUCCCGGAGAGCUACUGUCCAGUGGGUUUCUCUGUAACCCUGUUCCCGGAGAGCUACUGUCCAGUGGGUUUCUCUAUAACCCUGUUCCCGGAGAGCUACUGUCCAGUGGGUUUCUCUAUAACCCUGUUCCCGGAGAGCUACUGUCCAGUGGGUUUCUCUAUAACCCUGUUCCCGGAGAGCUACUGUCCAGUGGGUUUCUCUAUAACCCUGUUCCCGGAGAGCAAAGUGGGUUUCUCUAUAACCCUGUUCCUGGAGAGCAAAGUGGGUUUCUCUAUAACCCUGUUCCUGGAGAGCUACUGUCCAGUGGGUUUCUCUAUAACCCUGUUCCUGGAGAGCUACUGUCCAGUGGGUUUCUCUAUAACUCUGUUCCUGGAGAGCUACUGUCCAGUGGGUUUCUCUCCAACCCUAAUCUAGCACGCGUGAUCCUAAUAAUUAGCUGGUUGAUAAGGGGAAUCCAGUUAGUUAUAAGGGGUUUGUGGGAACCUACCGGAGGGUAGCUCUUCAGGAGCAGAGUUGGAGAGCCCUGGUCUGAAUUAAUUUGCAUUUGUCCAGUUAUGUAGUUCAGAUUAAACACGAUAUGUGUAUUUAGCAACACAAACAUGCAUUCUGCUGUUUUCUAUUUGUUUCCUUUUUAAGUAUUUUAUGUGAUCUAUCGUUGACUGUAGUUAACACAGCAGUUAGCCUCUGGUUAGAACCAAUCCAGUGAAACUACAGGAUAGAACAGAAAUCAAAUGAUCUCAUUGGUUUUGUCUUAAAUUGCACCCUACCUAUUCCCUAUAUAGUAGGCCUCUGGUCAAAAGUAGGGAAUAUGGUGACAUGAUCUGUGUAGUAAUACUGUACCAGCAAUCAAAUAAUCAUGUUUGUGUAGAAAUGCUGUACCACAAGACUUUUCAAAACACUGACAAAUAUCUUGUCUUGUGAUAACUAUAGCUUUGGAGCAAAUGUUUAGCGAACACACAAUUCAUAUAUCUGGAAACUAUAGAAACACUGCGAUGUUUGUCUCCUGUUUGAGAGGUCAUUUGUCGGCUAACUUGAUUUAUUUUGUGUAGCUGUGCUCUUGGGCAUAACUGAGGAAUGUUGAAAGAUGGGAGAAAAUGUUCCACUCCUUACUAGAAAAUAAAGGUGCUUUGUGGCAA